CAAAUUCAUCCUUAAACCAGGAUUUGUUUUUUUUUCGUCGUCAAAUUCAUCCCGAGAAUUCAUCGUUGCCGGUCAACUUCAAUAUUAGAGUUUCUUGGUGAUGCUCUUUGGCCGGUAAAUUAACAACAAUCAGCACAAAAGAUUAAUCUACAAGAACUACAAUAUUCCUCAAAAGAAACCAUGACAUGGAUACAAAACAGUAAACACAAGUGCACAAUUAAUCGAUGGAGAUUUGUGAAUACGGGUGAGCACCAAGCAGCAUCGUAUAGUUGUUGGCGACCACAACAUGGGCAAAGGGUCAGCCUUUUCGAUUGAGGAUUUGGAAUGAAAAAGCAUAAUUUUUUCCAGACCAGCAUAGGUUAGAAAAAGGAGGAAAUUCAAUUCUCCGGCGAAGAGCUGACCGUGGCAAUUCUGACGACAGAGGAAAAUAAAAACCCUGGUUUGACGAUGAAUAAAAAAAUUUGCGUGUGUUUUCAAAAGCGUGAUUUGGAAGACUUCAAUUGGGUAGCUGGGGACUAAAACUGCUUGUUUCUCGUCAAUGGCAAAUAAUUUGCUCUGAAAAAAUUAGAAGAAUUCUACUGUACUAGAAUGGUAAAUCAGACAGCCAGUGGGGUUAAGCCGUUACGUUUCAUAGUUAUAUGGUACUCCUAGUACGGCCAACAAAUUCCGAGGCGUGGGAAGAAAUCGGAACAAAAUUGUCGUGAAUUUUACAGUACAAAGAGGUGAAGGACUGAAGUCUGAAGGUGGCCAACGAUGCGGACGACGCCGAUAGCAGUGUUCAUGGCUUUCGGUACUAAAGGCGAUGUCUAUCCCAUUGCCGCCAUAGCUGCUGCUUUUGCAUGUGAAAUGGAGCAAUAUGAUGUGGUUUUCAUAACUCAUUCAGCACACGAGAGCUUGAAAGUGCAUCUGGAAUCAAAAGGAGUUGCUUUCUUUCCUGUUUCUUCACCACCUGUUUUUGCUCCUCACAAUUUGGCAGGCUCCAACGAGAAGUCCUUUUCUCUGCUGAAGAGACAAAUCACUACGGAUCACAGAAGGGAGUGUGUGUCGAUUGUUGAAAGGGUCUUUGGAGAUGACUCAAGCUUGGAAAGUGACCUUAUGGUUAUAAAUUUCUUUGCACUGGAAGGGUGGAGUCUUGCUGAACUAUUUUGCAUUCGUUGUGUAGUUGCUGCUCCUUAUGUUGUUCCUUAUAGCGCUCCCUCGUCAUUUGAAAGGAAGUUUAAAAAAGAAUACCCUAUUCUAUACAGAUAUUUGUGUGAAGCUCCAGCUGAUAAGGUAGGAUGGAAUGAUGUAAUUCACUGGAUGUGGCCGCUCUUCACUGAAGAAUGGGGAUCAUGGAGAAGUCUUGAACUAAGCCUAAGUCCCUGUCCUUUUACGGUUAGUCAUUGUUACCGAAGAAAUUCUUUGUCAUAUAUGAAUGGAAACAGUAAAGCUUUACUCUCUUCUUAUGCGCAAAUAUCCAUGCCAAUUUUUUCAUUUAUGUCAUUGGCCCAACAAAAUUUGAGGGAUGAUUUAUUUAAUGAUCAAGCACGAUGGCGACAUAUGAUCCAUAUAGCCGACCCCACCUAUUGGGAAAAAGGCUUGUUGUUGUUGUAUGUCAAUGGCCCAAAAGUAUCUAUCUGGUUUCAGGAUCCAGUAACAGGGCUUCCAGUAUGGCAUGACAGGCCUUCAUCCCCCCUGCUAAUGUAUGGAUUUAGCAAAGAAGUAGUUGAAUGUCCAGGUUAUUGGCCAUCAUCAGUUCGGGUAUGUGGCUUUUGGUUUCUCCCAUGCGAAUGGCAGUUCUCAUGCAUCAGAUGUGCAGAAAUUUCUGUUUUAGCUUCGUCUAAGCUUUUGAACACGACAGAUGAAUUUUGUCCUGCUCACAUUCAGUUGCCAUCCUUUCUGGCUAGUGUUUCACCAGAAAAGCCAAUUUUCAUUAGUCUCAGCUCUAUUGGAAGCAUGGGUUAUAUGAGUAAUCCCAAAGCAUUUCUUCAAUUACUUGGACGGGUUAUUAAUAUUUCAAGCCACCAGUUUCUUUUAUUCACAGCUGGAUAUGAGCCUUUGGAUACUACUAUAAAAUUGUUUGCGGAAAAAGAAUUAGCCCUUUCAGAACAAAGUCAAUUAAGUGGGGAUGGAGUCUCUCUCUUUGGUGGCAGACUCUUUUGUUUCUCUGGUUCUAUACCUUACAACUGGCUAUUUCCAAGAUGUGCUGCUGUAAUCCAUCAUGGGGGGAGUGGUUCCACCGCUGCCGCCUUGCAUUCUGGAACUCCUCAGAUACUUUGUCCCUUUUGCCUGGAUCAAUUCUAUUGGGCUGAGAGGAUGUUUUGGAUCGGCGUAGCCCCAGAGCCAUUGAAAAGAAACCACCUAAUUCCUGAUAAUGAUGAAGAUUUUCACAUUAAAGAAGCUGCAGAUGCAGUAGUUACGGCUAUAAACUCUGCUCUGUCGGUUGAAAUGAGAAAACGAGCCUUGGAUAUUUCCGAAAAGAUAUCCUUUGAGGAUGGAGUUUCAGAAGCCGUACGGAUACUGAAGGAGGAGCUUUCUGGUUAGGUUUUUUUUACCUCUCAAGGAACUGCAGCUGCUAACCACUUUUGUGAUCUAAAUUAAAUUGGAGCUUAUUUUUGCUCCCUUUUGGUUUUUCGCGGUAAGUAUGCACAUUCUGUAUAAUUGAACUCCUCUGGAAACAUGCAAACUCGUGCAUCUCCUUUAAGAACUUGAUUAUGGAAUCCCGAAACGGACAAGUCCCCUAAAAGUUGCACUGGAAAGACAUUAUAACUAGCAUGAACAUGUUACUAUUUCGUCAAAUUUAAACACUCCCUCCGUCCCAUAAUUAUUAUCCAGUUUGAGUUUUCAAUUCUAGUUCAAAUUGUAGUUAAAGUGAAAUAUCAAACUGGACAAUAAUUUUAGGACAGAGAGAAUACACGGUUCAUGAUCCACCAUACUAUUAGGACCCGUAAUUGGGUUCCCAAUUUUCCACCAUUUGUGUGUGUUUUUUUUGGGUUUCUUAAAGGUCACUUAAUCAUAUCUUAACUACAUUACGCCCUUUCCUCUUUGC